UCCGGAAGCGUUUCCAACUUUCCAGAAGUUUCUUGGGACGGGCGGGAGAGGGACACACCAUAUAUAGACCUGGAGAGUGAGAGAAAGGUGGAGUGAGAGUCUGUCUGCAGAUUGUCUGUGCAGAGUUCCGGCUCUGUUCCAGCAUCCGGCCCAGAAUGAAAAAGGCAGGCAUUGAUCUCCCCCAGAGGCAGUUUCAAGCCCUUACAGGUUCUCCUCUACAUACAACCCACCUCCAGCCAUGCGCUGCCUACUGCUGCUCAGCCUCCUGGCUGCCGCCCUGGCGGCAGAGGUGAAGAAGCCUGCCGCUGCAGCAGCCCCUGGCACCGGGGAGAAACUGAGUCCUAAGGCCGCCACGUUGGCUGAGCGCAGCGCAGGCCUGGCCUUCAGCCUGUAUCAGGCCAUGGCCAAAGACCAGGCGGUGGAGAACAUCCUGCUGUCACCUGUGGUGGUAGCCUCGUCACUGGGGCUGGUGUCCCUGGGCGGCAAGGCAGCCACAGCAUCACAGGCCAAGGCGGUACUGAGCGCCGAGCAGCUACGAGACGAGGAGGUGCACGCCGGCCUGGGCGAGCUGCUGCGCUCCGUCAGCAAUAGCACCGCGCGCAACGUGACCUGGAAACUGGGCAGCCGUCUGUAUGGGCCCAGCUCUGUCAGUUUUGCUGAUGACUUUGUGCGCAGCAGCAAGCAGCACUACAACUGCGAGCACUCCAAGAUCAACUUCCGAGACAAGCGCAGCGCUCUACAGUCCAUCAACGAGUGGGCGGCACAGACCACCGACGGCAAGCUUCCGGAGGUCACCAAGGAUGUGGAGCGCACGGACGGCGCCCUGCUGGUCAACGCCAUGUUCUUCAAGCCACACUGGGAUGAGAAAUUCCACCACAAGAUGGUAGACAACCGAGGCUUCAUGGUGACCCGUUCCUACACUGUGGGUGUCACGAUGAUGCACCGGACUGGCCUCUACAACUACUACGAUGAUGACAAGGAGAAGCUGCAAAUGGUGGAGAUGCCCCUGGCCCACAAGCUCUCCAGCCUCAUCAUCCUCAUGCCCCACCAUGUGGAGCCCCUUGAGCGUGUAGAGAAGCUGCUGACCAAAGAGCAGCUGAAAACCUGGAUGGCGAAGAUGCAGAAGAAGGCAGUCGCCAUCUCCCUGCCCAAGGGUGUGGUGGAGGUGACCCACGACCUGCAGAAACACCUGGCAGGGCUGGGUCUGACGGAGGCCAUUGACAAGAACAAGGCAGACCUGUCACGCAUGUCCGGCAAGAAGGACCUGUACCUGGCCAGUGUAUUCCAUGCCACCGCCUUUGAGUGGGACACAGAGGGCAACCCCUUCGACCAGGACAUCUAUGGGCGAGAAGAGCUACGCAGCCCCAAGCUCUUCUAUGCUGACCACCCCUUCAUCUUCCUGGUUCGAGAUACCCAGAGUGGCUCCCUGCUAUUCAUAGGCCGCCUGGUUCGGCCCAAAGGGGACAAGAUGCGAGAUGAGUUAUAGGGUCCCAGGGUGGGAUGGCAGGGGGCAGCCAAGGGCUCCUAAGACACAUGGGUGCUAUGGGGGGGGUGGGAGGGAGUGGAGGUACUGACCUUGGAUGGCCCCAAGGGGUGAGGGUGGGAGAGCAGUAGGCUUCUGGUGCACCAGAGUGGCCCUUCCCAGCCAGAAUUCACAGCCUGGAUACAGGCUUCCUGACUCCACGGUGCUGAGCCUGGAACUAGAGUGCUGGGGCCUCUGCCCUGCGAGUGCUAGGAUGAAGCCCGCCACCAUCAGUGUUCAUAUUUAUAGCCUAGUUCUUUCUCAGCUGUGUGCCAGAAUCCAGCUGGCGGGGCCUCUUUUUUCCUGACACCACAACACCUCGGUUUUCUCCCUGUCUUUUCCUUAUUACAAAACUAGGUGCUGUGACCCCUGGGACUGGCACCCCCACAGUGGCCCUGACCCAAAUCAGGGGUCAGGAAGUAACUCUUGGGCUCUGAGGGCAGGGGCAGACUUUGGUUAAGAAUCAUCAUCGCAUCAGGCAUCCUGGGAUGGACUUUUGUUUUUCUAUGGAUUCUCAAAGAUGGGUUAAGAAGAACAUGAGCCUUUGUUGCUGUCGACUCAAGAACUUGUUUGUACAAUUUUUUUUUCAAUAAAACUUUUCCAAUGAAAGAUA